AUGCCGUUUCAGUUUCAAUUUCAAUUUCAACUUUGGGCAUGGAUCCACACAACACACGGAGGCAAGGAGCAAAGAUCGUCUUCACUGCUCGGGAACAAGCAUAAAGGUCUUUAGAUUGAAAUUUGGCAGCAAUAUAUUAGCAAGCAUGAGAUUCAAGAAAGGAACUAAGGUAGAAGUAUUAUGCAAAACAGAGGUGCCUUCUGGCUCAUGGCGAUGUGCAGAGAUUAUCUGGGGCAAUGGCCACUUUUACUCCAUUAGAUAUGAUGGGUAUGAUGACGGUACUAGUGGUGAGGCAAUUGUAGCGAGGGUGCCUAGGAAAGCCAUAAGACCACGUCCUCCUGUGUUUGAAGUCACUGAGGAUUGGGAGUCAGGUGAUUUGGUAGAGGUUCGUCAAAAAAUUUCCUGGUCAAUGGCCGCGGUUUUGAAGGUUCUUGAGGGAAAGCACGUUUUGGUCAGGCUGCUUGGAUCUUCUUUGGAAUUUAUGGUGAACAAAAUUGACAUCCGGGUCAGACAGUUUUGGCAAGAUGAAGAGUGGAUUGUGAUUGGAAAGGGUAAUUCCAGCUGUGAGAAUGGAAAAUGUUACAAAAAACUUGCUCCAGGGCUUAGUUCAAUGGUCAGUGCCCAAGCUCAGAAAACAGCCACAAAGACCAAACAAACUUUUGACCAUUACCAUCUUAAUGACAAGAAAAGAAGGAAUAAUCAGAAUUCUCACCUUGGUUCUUCUAAGACAUUGAAGCGAAGGAACCAUCCACAUGUGGAGUUAUAUACUGAACCUCUCCAGAAGUUUAGGGCAAAUGAUAAUGAAAGCACAUGUCAUAGAGCGAGAGUUUCAAAUCCACCUACACUACUGAGAGAACACAGAGGUGGUUCUCCGAACAACAGAAAAUGUGAGUUUUCUAGAACUGAUAAAGAGAGAAGGAGGUACAUUGAUGAUUGUAUCUCAAGUUCUGUUGGUAGCUGUAGUGUAACUGGAGGCAGUUGGAAUAAAUUGCGCUAUACUGUAUCUGCAGUUCCUAUUGAAGAUUUAGAAGUUGCAACUAGUGAUGCUGAAUCUGCCUGCCAUUGUAGAUAUGAGCAAGGAAAUUGCUUCCUUUCUUCAGAAGAAGAGGUGGAAGUGGAAAUCCAUAGGCUAGAGUUGCAUGCCUAUCGCUGUAUAAUUGAGGCAUUGCAUGCUUCAGGACCUUUAAGUUGGGAACAAGAAGCUUUAAUUACAAAUCUUCGUCUUUCCCUCCAUAUAUCAGAUGAUGAACAUUCAAUGGAGAUAAAGAACUUGAUUUCUUCUGAGAACAGUGUAUAUGUGAGAUGAUUGGGAUAUCUCUUUUUAAAUUAUCAA